AUAGCUUACUGCGCAGGAAGUGAGGAAGGACCAGCACUGGGCUCUGGAUUGAUUGAGUGCACAAAUUUGAUAUUUAUAACCGCGAUGGUGCAUAAGCAUUGUGCUUAUGGCACUUGCAAAAGUGACUCUAGGCACGCUGACAAGUCGUACAUGGCAGGUGUUUUUUUCUUGCCUUUUCCUAAGCAAAAAACUAAUUUCGAGAAAUGCAAGCGGUGGGUUCACUUAUGUGGAAGGCCUAUGGAGCAAUUCAACAUGGACAAGAUUUCCAAAUACACCUACAUGUGUAGCAAACAUUUUGUGGGUGGAAACGGACCCACAGAGGAAUAUCCUGACCCAAUAUCGGCGCUAGCGUGUCCAGAACAAGUAUCCAAGAUUAACCGCCGACAGAGAAAAGGCCCCAAGCAGAGAACAGCAAAACGACACGAAAAGAAAAGUGUAAAGUGUUCCAGAUAUAAAACGGUAAGAGAGGUUUGCCAGACUGAGAAAAUGGAUGAUGUAGCCACUGAUGACCAAGAUACUGCAGAAUUUUUGAAUGCACCACACUGUGAAGCAGAAGCAGCUGUUACUUGUCAUUCUGAAAGGAGUGCAGAGAUAACAAAGAUAGAGGAAAAGGAAAAAUGUUUCCAAGUGAUUGACUCAAGUUCUCAGUUUGAAUUAGAUAAAGAAGGGACCCCAUCUCAAGAAAAGGUCAUCAGGCCCUUGGAGCAAUUCCUGGAAUCGGGGAUAGGGAUAAACAUUGGUCAGCAAUUGCCAAGAUGGAAUGCUUUAAAAGAUAGACUACAGUUGGAAACAAAUGAAAGCCUGGCAAAACAUUUGAUGGACUACUACUGCAAAGGUGGUACCAAUAUUCUUCAUCCAGUUAUUACUGACACCAAAGGGGUGCACAGUUUAACACAUUACAAUUACAAUUCUCAAAGUAAAUUGUACGCCAGAAGACAGCAAGAGACAGAGCAGGAUACUUUCAUUUCUGAAACAGUCACUGACACUGGAAGACAGCAAGAUUCAGAUCAUAGUAACUCUAUUGUUCAGGCUGACUCAGGCAAUACAAGGGAGCAAGAUUCAGUUCACAGUAAUUCCAUUAUUCACGCUGUCUCUGACACGAAAAGAGAGCAAUAUUCAGAUCACAGUAAUACUUUGACUCAAGUUGUCUCUGAAACCAAAGGACAGCAAGAGGCAUCUGCAAAUACACAGAUCAUACCAAAAACAAAAACUGACCAAAACGCAUCAAUUAAACAGGUUGAUUCUAGUGGAGUUAAAGUUGCAGGAAAGAAAUACUUAGUCAUCUUGACUAAUUCUAAGCAUCCUAAUCCAACAUGUUUAUUAAUUCCAGUCCAAAAAAGGGAGCUGAUGCUUAACAAAGAUGUGGAUUCAAAAAGUCCUCAUGUUGUUUCUACUCAACCAAAUGUUAUUCAUAGUGAAAUACCAACCAAGACAGCAGCCAAUAAGAUGACCAUAACAUCAAGUGUUUCUUCCAAUACAGUUCUAACAAGCUCUUUGGGUUCUACUCAUAGAGGACAUCUCUUGUCAGAUCAAGAAAAUGCACUUGUUGUUGGCACUAUUGCCUCUGAGCCACAUAUUACUGUGAAAAACAAAAUUGCAACUAAGCAUACUUAUGAAGAACCAGAAAAAAUGUCUAGUGACAUUUCUAUAUUGAAAGCAAAGAAAUCUAAUAUAAAAAUCAAAAAAGAGAUGGAUCAAAAGGAACAUGGAAAUGGGUCUUUCAUCUGUGAGACUUGUGGGAAGAGUUUUGGUUCCUUUGUGCGUCUCCGUUUACACAACAUCAUGCACAAAGAUGUUUCAGAAAUAUAUAGAUGUAAAAUGUGUAAUUGUCUGGUUUACGAAAAGGAACGUGAGGCUCAUGAAUGGACUCAUACAAAACCGAGAGAGCCAAAAGUGUACAUCUGCCAGUACUGUGGUCAAGACUUUCCUACGAUGUAUAGAAUUACUCUUCAUGAAAGAUCUCAUUUAGGUGAGAAGCCACAUGUUUGUAAGAUUUGUGGAAAGACAUUCGCUAAAAGGGGAAGUUUAGUACUGCAUGAAAUGACCCAUACUGGAGAAAGGCCACAUAAAUGCCGAUUCUGUGAGAGAAGCUUUGUGCAGAAGACUGCUGCUGUUAACCAUGAACGAGUUCACACAGGAGAAAGACCAUUCAAGUGUAGAUUCUGCAGAAAAGGGUUUACACAAUCUGGUACACGUAACAGCCACGAGAGGAUCCACACCAAUGUUAGGACUUUCAACUGCCAUUCUUGCUGGAAAGUUUUCGCUUACGAGAAAGAUCUUAAAAGACAUGAAGCUAUUCACAAGAGCUAAAUGUUUAAAUUAUAAAGUGAAUUUACUACUAGUAAUACUAUGAAUUGUUUUCGCACAAGGUGCAAUUUGCAUGAACAAAUUCAUGAAUCUUAUUUUUAUUUUAUUCAUUUAAUUUGAUAUACAUAUUGAAUAUAUUUAAAUGCCAACAAAUCACUUGAUAAAAUGAUAUGUACCUUAAAUGUAUAUGAAUUGGCUAAUAUGUAGGUAUUUGGGAAUUGCACAGUGCUGUAUGUGAGAAGUGUUUUCAAGUUUUUUAUUCAAUAAAAAUAAAGGAAGCUCUUCAUUGAGUAUCAUAUAUAAUAUUGCUUUGGGAGUUUU